GGGACCACACAGCUGCAAGUUCCUCAAUCUCAGUUAACUCCACGAGCGCUCAGCCCCGCGCGACACGAUGCCGUCAGCAUCGACUCUUCUGCUGCUCUAGGAAGCAGAUUUCUCAGAUGAUCGCGAUCCAAAGGCGUGACCGUCUCACGAUAUCCUGCGUGGAUCUGGAGGACAGUGAAUGAAGUACGUAUACAGGAGGAGGCGUAGACCGAAGCUACAUCGUGCUUCUGCGUGUAGCGUUUGAGGAUUUUGUUACGUUGUUGCGAAAACAAAGGAUCUGGAUCCGCCGGGAGUCGGAAAGCUGGUUCAUGGCCAUGAAGAAGAACAAUUCAACAAAGCGGGGCCCUCAGGACGCCAAUCAACAGCCCGCGCAGCCCGACAAAACCGGCUGGAUUCGCAAGUUCUGCGGCAAAGGGAUUUUCAGGGAAAUUUGGAAAAACAGAUUUGUGGUGCUGAAAGGAGACCAACUUUACAUUUCUGAAAAAGAGGUAAAAGAUGAAAAAAAGAUCCAGGAAGUGGUGGACCUCACCGACUACGAGAGGUCUGAGGAACUCCGCAAAGCCAAGAGCAGAAGCAAAAAGAACCACAGCAAGUUCACGCUCCUGUGUUCCCGGCAGCCAGGAAACACGGUCCCAAAUCUAGUAUUUCUGGCUGUCAGUCCAGAGGAGAAGGAAUCAUGGAUCAAUGCUUUAAAUGGAGCGAUCACCAGGGCCAAGAAUAGCAUAUUGGAUGAGGUGACGGUGGAAGAGGACAGCUUGCUGGCCCAUCCGACGCGUGACCGGGCUAAGAUCCCCCAGACUCGCCGCCUGCCCACCCGCGGACACCUCAUGGCUGUGGCUUCUACCACUAACUCGGAUGGCAUGCUGACCCUUGACCUCAUACAGGAAGAAGACGUCACCACAGAAGACCUCGCCACUUGUAAGGAGAGCCUCGAUCAAGCCGAGUCUCAACACACCCCCAAUUCUCAGUGCUCGACGGUUGACACUUCAAAGCUCUCCGUCAGUAAAGAGACCCCUGGGAAAUCCCAAAGUCUCCCUCGUAAGAGCGAGUGCUUGUGGGACUGGUCAGAGUCGCAGACGCCACAGUUGCGCAAAAAAAACUCUGAGAAAAACCGCUGCGCAUCCAUGGACGAGAUCCUGACGCAUUCGGAGACGCGGGCCAUCCCUCACUGCUCCACUUCGGCUCCCGUACAGCCCGUCGGUCAGCUUCAGGACCUCAUCACCCAGAAGCUGGAGAGAACACAAGAGCUCCUGAUGGAAGUACGGACGCAGGCCAAGGGGAAGUGCUCGCCAACUGGGAAGAACUCCAGCCCCGACGGCCAGAGGAAGGAGGCCGAGCGCCUGCUGGAGGAGGCGGCCUCUACCUGGGGUCAGGCGCGUGACGUACUGGAGGAAGUGAAGGAGCUUCGAGCUCUUUACAAGCAGCUCGACUCGGCCUCUUCGAUGGCACUCAGUCCGUCACAGAAUGGCAAACUAAACGGCCCUCAACAUGGAAUCCAGAGGAAAAGCAUGAUGUCUUAACAGGAACGCAGACAGUAAAACUGAAUGUUCUCCGAACACAAUACGGACUCUUCCUGCUUUGUUAUCGCUGGAAUUACAAUAUGAAUAAUGUUGUUAAUAACGAAUACCAUGAGCUAUACUGUACAUGUUUGUAUGUAUGAAUUGCAAAAGAGCAAAUCUAGUUUCUUCCGCUCCCUUAAUAUCAGCUUCAGUCAAGCAGAAACAAAAGGGCCUGGUGGUUUUCCAAACACAAGCUGUUGCGCUGUGCCCCGCGCUAUCAGUUUUCACAGCGUGGAGUCACCGAGGGGCCCAUCAGGGUAAAACAGGGUGAGAAACACCAGACGGUGAUGCUCGCCAGCCUAUCACAAUGUGAAUGUUUCAGAAAACACUGGAGGAGCCUCAGUAAAAUGGAGGUCUAUUUUA